UGUCGACCUUUUUUGUUCAUUGUUUGAUAAUGAAUUAUUUUUUUUUUUCAAAUUAAUUGUUUCACUUUGCGUUAUACAGACGUUUGUUUUCUCAAUGAAUUUACUUUUUUCAUUUGCAAGUAAUUUAUUUUCGGUGAGUUAUUUUGAAAGUCGUACGUGAGCUCACAUAUUUUGAGAUCAUUGCUGGUCAUCUUUUGUUUAUGCUGGUGACAGCAGUGAUAAGCAAACCCUUAUGGUUCUUGUAGCUGCAAUAAUAUAAGAUAAUAUAUAUCCCCCCAACAUAUUUAUAAUCUUUCUCGUGUAAACACGAUAAAUAAGGAUGAGUCUUUCUCAACACUUAAUAAUAAUAAUAAUCUUACAGUUGAUAAACAACCCGCAACAGUUUUGGGACUCUUUGUAAGGGGCCUGAUGGAGCUUCAGAGCUCCUAAGAAGGGUCUCACGUUGUUCAUUUAUGAUGUAGCUAUUUCCAUAGUGACAUGAGCGAAACUAGAUAUUUUUGUGACAAAUGGGAAGCCAUUUUCUUUUCAACUUGUGACUCUUUGAGUUUUUUCUUCUUCAUCACGAACAUGUUCAAAAUAUCUUUACUGAAAUUCAGUUUUAGUGGUCCAUCCAGCUAUUACAUCAUUCAUUAUUUAGUUGAAUUUUUUUCCAAUUUCUUUUUAGUAUAAUUUGUAUGUAUAUGUUAAACAUCAUAUAUAGUAUGGGGGCAAUUGUUACUGGUGAAGGAGAGUCUAUGGUCAUAGGUACCAGAUAGGAACCACUAUGUUCUCAUGUUUUUGAGGACAUCAGCUCAGAAAGUUAUGAUUAGAUCUGAAGGUGUAUUUCACUUAUUUGGUCAACUCUACCAGUCAUUUUUGUUUGCCCAUCAUUUCUAUCUGCAUAUGUUGACAAUAUGUACCUGCCCAGGAAACUGACCCAUUCUUGAUGAUAUCCUAUGACCCCACAAUCAAAAGGAGUCUGAUCACUGCUCAAUGAUUGAUGCUACUUUUUAGACACACUGUAGUCAUCCUGACCAGUUUUUUCAACUAAUGCUUGCAACUACCCUCAUAAGGGUUUUGUUUUUUAAUAAACUAACUUUUUUUUUUGUGGUACUGAACAAAGGCUGGGUACAGGUGGAUUAGACAAAGGCUGGGUACACAUGAGAAUAGACAUGGGCUGGGUACAGGUGAAAUUAGACAAAUACUGGUUGGAUACAGAUUGCAUUGGACAAGGGCUGGGUACAGUUUGGAUUGGAUAAGGGCUGGGUACAGGUGAGAGACAAGGGAUGGGUACAGGUGGGAGACAAGGGCUGGGUACAGGUUGGAUUGGACAAAGGCUGGGUACAGGUUGGAUUGGACAAGGGCUGGGUACAGGUUGGAUUGGACAAGGGCUGGGUACAGGUUGGAGUGGACAGAUACAGAUUGCAUUGGACAAGGGCUGGGUACAGUUUGGAUUGGAUAAGGGCUGGGUACAGGUGAGAGAGAAGGGAUGGGUACAGGUGGGAGACAAGGGCUGGGUACAGGUUGGAUUGGACAAAGGCUGGGUACAGGUUGGAUUGGACAAGGGCUGGGUACAGGUUGGAUUGGACAAGGGCUGGGUACAGGUUGGAUUGGACAAGGGCUGGGUACAGGUUGGAUUGGACAAGGGCUGGGUACAGGUUGGAUUGGACAAGGGCUGGGUACAAGUGGGAGACAAGGGCUGGGUAUGCUUGGGUGCUAACCUAGUUUUAUUUAUUACAGAUGCAUUCAUUAAUUUUUUUUCCCAACCUCUUGAAUUGCCCUGAAAUAUUAUGUGUGUUACAUGCUUACAUAUCAGUGUGCGUUGCUAUGAUUUAUUGUUUUGAUACACAUGACAUCAUGAGCUAGAUCUUCAUAAGCACUAGAUGUCAAGUGAAAUUUCCGGAUGUCUGAGAAUCUGUUCAAAAGAAUAAAUUAUUAUAUUAUAUAUAAACAAGGGUAACCCUAGCCUAUAAAUACUGAUACUGGUACAUAAUCUUUCAUACAAUACAGUAGAAGCAAUAUUGAAUGUACAGUAUCUUGAGUUACAUGUUGUUGUGGUGUGCAUGACUUGUGCAAUAAGGAACAGAAACCAUCAUUCUGAUGCCAGUAAACUUUACUGUUGUGCACUAUGUCACUGGACUGCACCAUUGUGCACUAUGUCACUGGACUGCACCAUUGUGCAGCACAUAACUAGCUUGCACCAAUGUAAAACUGUAUGUAUGAGCAUCUCAGCCAAAUGAGUUGUGUUCUUUAUUCUAUGUACAGCAUGCUGUUAUUUAUUUAUUGAUUAAAACAAUGACUUAAAAGCUCUUAUUAUUACAAAGAAAGCACAUAAAAAUGUAUUUAAUUCAAAACCAUGUUCAGAAGUAGUUGUUCGUUUGUAUGAAGUUUUAUCAUCCAGCAUUGUUCAUAUCUUUGUACUGUGUAAAACUGGAUGAAUAUCAUGCUGACAUAACUUUGUAUUGUGACCAUUAUCUCUAAAUAAGCCCCCCAAAUGAUAUGCAGUUGAUUUCAUGAAUUGAUAUCCCAUUAAAUUUGUUUAUUGUUUACUCU